AUGGGGGACCAACCUUGUCCCUCCGGGAGAUCCACGCUCCCAUCUGCCAACACGCGAGAAAGCAAGCCUCCGAGAAAGCGCUGCCUCUUAGCUCCACGGUGGGAUUAUCCAGAAGGGACCCCAAACGGAGGUACCCCUCUUCCCUCCGCACCUCCUCCGGCAUCUCCCGGCCUGAAGUCGCACCCUCUUCCUCCGGAGAAGUCAUAGAAUAGACUUCUCCCACCCUAAACCAGUUUUGGAGGGAUUGCAGUAUGACUCCAUUUCCAUGGUGCGUUCAUAAAAUAGUUUAUCCAGUGACAACAAUGAAGGCUAUUGACAAUGCUACCCUGAUUUUUCUGUUCUUCUGCACUGGAAAAUUGUGAUUUUUUAAGGGAUGCCUCUUAGUAAAU